AUGUACUCCUCAGCGACCAGUCUCGCCCUUCUGGCGUGCAGUUCCAUUGCCCUCGCCGCCAGCGACAACACCACGCUCCCAUACUCAACCUGGAUGGCGACCUCCUUCCUCUCCAAAUCCCAAACGAUGAACUCCCACUACGUCGCGAGCGUCCUCCACGAAGGCAUCGAAAAGGCCGCGACCCUCCACCAGAACACCAGCCUCCUCAACUACGUCUCCAACGCCGUCUCCGCGCAAGUCCUCCCCAACGGCACCCUCCUAAACUGGAACUCCUCCUUCUACUCCGUCGACGAGCUCCGCAUCGGCAACAACCUCCUACACUUCUACCUCGCGUCCAACCGCACCGAAACCAAAUACGCCGUCGCAGCCUCCGCCCUCCGCUCGCAGCUCGACCGCUGGCCACGCACGCCCACCGGCGGCUUCUUCCACCGGGACCCCGUCUACCGCAACCAGAUGUGGCUGGACGGCAUCUACAUGGCGGACACCUUCUACGCGACGUACACGCACAUCUUCGAGCCGGCCAACACCACCGCCUGGAACGACAUCGCGCUGCAGUUCGACCUCGUCGAACAGCACACCCGCAACAAGACGUCCAACCUGCUCGCGCACGGGUACGACGAGUCGAAGAAGGCCGUGUGGGCGGACCCCGUGACGGGCGCGUGUCCGCACGUCUGGGACCGCGCGGUCGGCUGGUACUUCAUGGCGCUGGUCGAGGUCCUGCAGGUGUACCCUAAGAACCUCCCCGGGUACGCGCGGCUGAGGGGCUACCUGACUACCCUCGCCGACGGGGUCGAGAAGGCGCAGGACGAGUCGGGGGGCUGGUGGUUGGUCAUGGACGAGCCGUAUCCGGGCAUGAAGGGGAAUUACAUCGAGGCGAGCGCGACGGCCAUGUUCACGUAUGGGAUUCUGAAGGGGAUUCGCACCGGGUUGUUGGAGGAGCGGAGGAGGCCGACCGCGUUGAAGGCGUACGAUUUGAUGUUGGAUAGGUUUGUGACCAGGGAGAAGAAUGGGACGUUGAGUUUUGAUGGGACGGUUGUGGUAGGCAGUUUGAGCUCGAAUGGCUCGUAUGAGUAUUAUGUCAAUGUGCCGAUCGCUAGGAAUGAUGGUAAGGGUGCUGGGCCGUUUAUGUUUGCUAGCACGGAGUUGGAGCUGUGGCAGCAGUCGUAG